AUGAAACUCCCAGGCACCAAUCGCUUCGUGCCCAACGCCUGUAGCAAUGUAGCCACCCACCUGCCCGCCCUAGUGGUGGGCCAAAACAAUGCUAUCGACCACCUAGUCACGGUCGUGUGCGAGCACCUGCGCGAUAACGCGCAGAUCGACGCCGAGCGCAGCUCCACGAUGUUGCCCCAGGGCUCCCCGACAGCAUUUGGGGCGGGGAAGGCUGCGGGUGGCAACGAGUACGAGCUGCGUAGGCGCAAGCCGUUGUUCAUCUCGGUGCACGGCCCGCCCGGGACCGGCAAGACGUUCACACACACGCUACUUGCCAAGGCGCUUUAUAACCGGGACCUUGCCACGGCAAAGAGCUGCCCGGGGGAGGGCUGUGCUGGAGCCAAGGUACUGUACGGGAUCACGUACACGGCAGAGGAACGGUCCGGUCAACUGGCCAUGGUGCGCGAGGCCAUUUUAGACCACCUACGCUCCACACCACAGGCCCUACUGGUAAUUGAGGAAUACGACAAGCUGGAUUGCGCCAGUCGCAGCAUGUUGCGGCAGCUGGUGCAGCACCCGGAGAUCGUGAACCUGGAUCUCAGCCACUCCAUCAUCAUGCUGGAGUCCAAUCUGGGUUUCUUGCAACUUGCCAACUUGCUCCGGGAGGCUAACGGCGACAAGAGCCAGAUCCCUCCAGAGGCAGCGGAUCGAAUCCUGCGCAACGUCUCCUUGACGGCGUGGCGCGCAGCCAACUGUGAAGGCAUUGGCGACACGGUCGCGUUUGCCGCCACCGUUGACCAUUACGUGGCCUUCUACCCGCUCACCAGGGGGGAGGUGGAGGUGCUACUGGAGAGGGAGCUGUCGUUCAAUUACGCACGUCGGGCAGCCAGGCUGGGGGGUACGCUUGUUUGGGAGCCGGCAGCGGUGCGGUGGCUGGCGGACAGGGUGGACUAUGACAAUAACAAUUUUCCGCUGGAGGGUGCAUCGCAGGUGUCAGCAAGGCUCAAGCAUCUAAUGCUAAAGACUAAAGAUGCAGCGGGAGAGGUUGCCGUUUCCAGCACCGAGGAUGGCGUGAGUGUAGCGUUCGCACAUAAGGACGAGGAUCGCCAGCAGUACCUUAUCUCCAAGGGCGUCCACGAGCUGUUCGCGGAGCUUAUACAACAGGGCGCUGACAGCAGGGAUACGGAUGACGAAACCCAGCACGACAAACAGCAAGGUCGGGCCACCUCCGAACCAACAGUUGGCCGAGGAGCAGCCUGA